GUGUCGUUUUUUUUUUAUUUGGACAUGUCGGCGGAGCAGCUGUAAUGCUUAUUUUGUUGUGGUCGUACCGUGCCACGAAGUCCCGUAAAGCAAUGAAAACCACGCGUCCGAUUUCCGCAUUCUAAUCAGGCGGUCGCACACCGCUUGUGAGCGUGAAUACUCCCAUGGCGUCCGCCAGUGAAGAAAAGUGACGGCGUGGUGCCGACCGACCUCGCUUCUGCGUGGGGCUGCUAUGAGUGGGAACGCGGAUUGCCGUGAUUUCUCGUGCCCUUGCGGUGCCUGUCUACGUACGGUGGCCCUUAUUGCCCUGCUUUUGGAACCUCUCAGGGACGGCAUGCCGCGGGAGCUAUGAUACGACUGAGGUUCGGCACCACAAUCCUGCAAGUGCGGAGGUCAGCGGCAUGCAUCGUAGCCGCCUGCAUUCUGCUCGGGUUUACGGGCUUCUACAUCUACUUCAGCAGGCUCCUUCCCAGCGCCACCGGACUCGCAGGAUGGUCUCCAGGCAAGGUGGAUGUGGUGGCGCUGGAGCAGCGGCUGCAGCGCCUGGAGAGAGAGCUGCGCCACAACCACGCCAUGCUGACCCAGAUCCGAGAGACGGUGCUCAACUUCCUAGGGACUGGCGGCAACGCCCCUUGGAAGGCUCCCCUCAAGCCGCACCUGCUCUGGCUGCACAAUGCCACCCGGCAGCCAGUGCCCACCCAGCCGGGGGACUGUGCCUUCGGCAUGCUCCCACCUGCCAGCACCGACUACAACAUGUACGACCUGUACGAGAAGCUGGCCUUUGACAACCCCAAUGGCGGAGUCUGGAAGCAGGGCUGGGACCUCCAGUACCAGCCGGACCAGUGGUCGAGGGACAGGAAGCUCAGGGUUUUUGUGGUCCCACACUCCCACAACGACCCAGGGUGGCUCAAGACAUUCGACAAGUAUUACCACGACCAAACAAAGAAGAUCUUGGACAAUAUGGCGGUAAAGUUGGGCGUGAAUGCCACCCGGCGUUUCAUCUGGGCAGAGAUCUCCUACUUCUCGGUGUGGUUUGACGAGCUCAGUGAAGAGAUGAAAGCAAGGAUUCGUGGCUACAUCAAGCGGGGCCAGCUGGAGAUUGUGACGGGCGGUUGGGUGAUGAACGACGAGGCCAACACGCACGUUUUUGCCAUGCUGGAGCAGCUGGUGGAAGGUCACCAGUGGAUGCAGCGGAAUCUGGGGGUGCACCCGGAGACCGGCUGGGCCAUCGACCCAUUCGGGCUGUCCCCGACCAUGGCGUACCUGCUGAAGCGCAUGGGCUUCCACAACAUGGUGGUGCAAAGAGUGCACUACUCUGUCAAGAAGUUCCUGGCCAGCCAGAAGGCGGUAGAGUUCAUCUGGAGGCAGCCCUGGGACCAGAACCGGACGACAGACAUCCUGUGCCACAUGAUGCCCUUCUAUAGCUACGACGUGCCCCACACGUGCGGGCCGGACCCCAAGGUGUGCUGCCAGUUUGACUUCAAGCGUCUCCCGGGCAAUGCUGUCAACUGCCCCUGGAAGGUGCCCCCCGUGCCGAUCACGAGCAAGAACGUCGCCGAACGGGCCAAGCUUUUGCUGGACCAGUACCGCAAGAAAUCGCUGCUCUUCCGCUCUCGAACAGUGCUCGUCCCGCUGGGAGACGACUUCCGCUACGACAAGCCCAACGAGUGGGACAAUCAGUUUGGAAACUACCAGAAGCUGUUUGAUUACAUCAACGCCAACGACAAUUUGCACGCAGAGGUCCAGUUUGGGACCCUGAAGGAGUACUUUGCCGCCGUACGGAAGGAGACGGAAGUGGAUGCGAGUGGCAUGCCCUCUGGCUUUCCGUCGCUGAGCGGGGACUUCUUCACUUACGCCGAUCGCGACGACAACUACUGGAGCGGCUUCUACACCUCGCGGCCUUUCUACAAGAACAUGGAUCGUGCUGUCGAGGCCCAUCUGAGGGGAGCCGAGAUCCUGUUCUCGCUGAUGUGGGCCCGCAUGGCGUACAUUGGUAAUGAUGACAUGGCACUGAUCAACAAAAUGAUGAAUGGUCUGGUGGUGGCGAGGCAAAAUCUAGGCUUGUUCCAGCACCACGAUGCCAUCACGGGGACAGCCAAGAACAAUGUGGUGAUUGACUAUGCCAACAGGCUGCUCAAGUCACUGGAGCACCUCCGGGAGAUCAUUGCAGUUGGGGCAAUGUACCUGCUUCUCAAUGUGCCAUCUUACGGGAAACUCGGGAAAGAUGUCUUUGUCCUGCACCUGGACGACGUCAGGGACGCCUAUAACGGGAUCCCACACAAGCAGCCUCUAUCCUUCUCUAAGGAAAUUCGAAUGAGGUACCUGGUCAUUUACAACUCGCUGUCGGUGCCGAGGAGCGAGCUGGUGAGCGUGCACGUGACUACGCCCUCCGUGGUGGUGGUAGACGCCAACGGGAGCGUGGUGACCAGCCAGCUGAGCCCCAUCUGGGACAGGCAGGACCUGGUCAAGGGGACCUACGAGCUGUCGUUCCUGGUAGACGUGCCUCCUCUGGGGCUCUCCACGUACCGCGUGGAGCACAUUGAGGGCAUCAGCGGCAUGGUGUUUCGCUCGACGUCCACCCUCUACAAUGCAGAGUCCUGUCCCGACACCCUGUACUUCCCCAUAUCUCGCUCAGAGUCCCGGAGCAACAUUCACAUCCGGACGCCAUACCUAGUCGCCACUUUUUCGCCAAGCACAGGAAUGCUCAAGCACCUGGAAGUGAGAGACCAGAACGUGAGCCUGGACAUUAAGUCUUCGUUCGUGACCUACGGCACACGACCGAAGACGUUGGGCAGUAGCGGAGCCUACCUCUUCCUUCCCGACGACAAGGCAAAGGAACUGACGUACAGCCCGCCGUACAUCAGGGUCACGGAGGGGGUGCUCUACUCUGAGGUCACUGCCUUCCUGCCUUCUGUCGAGUUUUCUGUCAAACUCAAAAACUCUCCAGGCUUGGAUGGCGUCGGCCUGGAGGUGUCCAAUGUGGUAGACAUGAGCAGCAGGAGCAACGAGGAACUGGUCAUGCGCCUCACAACGGGAGUCCACAACCUGGGACCAGAGUUUUUCACCGACGUCAAUGGACUCCUGAUGGCGAGGCGGCACACGCAGCAGAAGCUCACCCUCCAGGGGAAUGUGUACCCAAUGCCCAGCAUGAUGUUCAUCCAAGACAACAACACGAGGCUCUCCGUCUUGUCGGGCCAGCCACUGGGGACCACCAGCCUCGUUACAGGGCAGGUGGACGUGUUCCUGGAUCGUCGCCUCAAGCAGGACGACAACCGGGGGCUGCAGCAGGGCGUCAUGGACAACCUCCGCACGCCAAGCCAGUUCAGGAUCCUCGUCGAGAGGUUCGCCGCAGAGCACACGAGGGAGUCGGUGCCCUCGCAUCCCUCGCUGCUGGCCCACCAGGCCCUGCUGAGCUUGCUGCACCCCGUGUUCAGCCUGGUGCACGGCAAGCCCCAGGGGAUGUCCGACCCGCCCCUCAAGAGCUCCUUCUCGCCCCUGGGGGGCCCCCUGCCCUGCGACCUGCACCUGCUCAACCUCCGCACCCUAGUGGCGCACAACGGGCCUACGGGGGACCCCAGGAAACCGGCCUGGACUCCUAGCAAUGUAACGGCCAUGUACCUACAUCGACUUCCUCAUGACUGCCGCCUGAAGAGCUAUGCGGUGCGCUGCACUCUCCAGUCGGAUUCCGUGGCUUCCUUGGCGGAUCUUUUUCCGGACUACUUCGGCCCGACCGUGGAGGAAACAACUCUCUCCCUGCUCCACAGUUUCACCUCCACAAACACCAAGACUGCCCGCCUCAGCUUACCUCCUCCUGCCGAGAUAGCGGCCUACAAGCUCCAACGCCGGUGAAACGGGAGAAAAAGGAAAACGGCCGAGGAGGGCACGCCCGGGUCGUACCGAGGUCGCCGCGUUUUCCAACUUGCUGCCAAAGAAAAGUGCCCGGCGCGUGCCAUGACUGACGCAGUUCAGGCAACCCAAGAGAGCUCCUUGGGUUCACAACGGUGGGACCAUUGUGAAAGGGGGGCUUUGGCACCUUUGGUGACCCAGAGCAGACACUCUGUGGCCGCCAUCGGAGACGCCGAGACGACGUGUGUGUACCGAGAGCCAACGAAACGCGGGGUCGUUCGCGCCACCGCUCGUUCCAGCCUUGCCAUCUUUCGUUCGGUUGGGGCGCAGUUGGGGUUUGGCAAUCCUACGCCGCGCCUCGUUUUAGUGCAAUUUUAUUUACAAGAUACUUUUUUUUGAACUGUUGGAGUGUAUUAAGGUACUAGUUCUGGUCGUGGGGCUGCUUGGGGAGGGGCUGGUUCGUCUGCAGCUACUGCUUUGUCCCCACGGAGCGUGAUGCGUUGGUGGUAGGGUGUCUUCAUUGUGUCCUCAGUUUGGCAUAGGUGGACUUAAACGCCGAGGGGGUGGAGCCGGUUACUUAUGUAGUACCUUUGAGUAUCGCAAACGAGGCCAACCGAGCACUACUUAGGAGCACUUUGCCCCUUUGAGCUCGAGAGGGCGGAGUACAAAAGAGCCUCGAACGAACUGCGGGGCUCAGUGAACGAGCAGCUUGAAAUUUAGGAACCGAUAAACCCCUGUGAGCAUUUCUAGCUAGAAGUACAUUUUUAAAGAGUGUUUUUAGUGUGAAGGAAAUAGGAUGGAGCUUUUUUGCUUUUAUAUAUUUGCAGUUGGUUGAUUUGUCACAUUGGGCACAAAAGCCUCGGGAUGCGAAUAUAUGUCUGGCUGUUUUGUUUCUAACUGGGUGAAGUGUGCCAUGUAGUAGUAUAUCCUGAAUGUACAUGUGCAAAGCGCUUCCUCAGAGCAGCUGUGUUCACUUCGUCGAGCUUUUCAGUCACGACAGUUCACGAGCGUAAACGUCUUCCAUAAUUCCAGAUUUGUGGAGGGUAACACGACCUGCAAAUAGAGACAUUCUACGCACCUUGUUACAUCCGUUAAUUCAAGUGGUGUUGCAUGUUCUCGGUUGUUUUUGAGUGUUUGAAGUUUUCCACCGUGCUCGUUGAAAACCUGUUUUUCUGUCAGGAUGCACACACAUAUUAUGUUUGUGUCAUUUGAGAAAGAAAGAAAAACCAGACCACCUAAUUUUAGGGCAAGGAGGGUAUAACAUGGAUGACCUAGAGUGGCUGUAAUAACUGUAGCAGGUUUUGAGACUUGUCUGUAACUAGAAAUGUGAACACUUGGCAGUUUGCACAUCACCGGUUCUUCCACUUGUGAAGAGCAUUGCCACACCAUUCCAUUGCCACAAAUGGCAGCCCGUCGACUGAUCGCGAUCAUUCCACGAAUAUCAACGGUAACUUAGGGUGUUAACAAAAGACAGCUUUGCUGUCCUUGCAUUGUACAUAUUAAUAAAGAUAUUGCAUUCUCUGGAUGGAUGCCAGGAUGAGUUGACAAGGAA